UCCGCUCGUCACUCUCAUCACAUGACCCGCGCCACUGUGCUCCGGUAGGCCAUAUUUGACAGUGGGCCACUAGUUUAGCGACGUGAGUGACGUGAAGAUCGCUCCUCAGGCACGACGAUCCCGCGCGGCCGUAUCCCGGUGCAACCUGUAAAUACCCCCGUGAUCGACCCGACCGCCGAGACCCGACGUACCAGGUCACAAUGAGUACAGAAGACGCCCCGGUGUACUCGCCGUUCUUCGGCGUUAUGGGCGCCGCCUCUGCCAUCGUAUUUUCUGCUUUGGGAGCAGCGUAUGGCACAGCAAAGGCUGGCACAGGGAUCGCAGCGAUGUCGGUCAUGAGGCCAGAAUUAAUCAUGAAGUCCAUCAUUCCCGUUGUCAUGGCAGGUAUUAUUGCCAUUUAUGGUCUUGUAGUGGCUGUACUCAUUGCCGGCUCUCUUGGGAAACCCCCUAAAUACGACCUUUAUAAUGGUUUUACCCACUUGGGUGCCGGCUUAGCCGUAGGCUUCUCCGGUCUGGCAGCCGGAUUUGCCAUCGGCAUCGUGGGCGAUGCCGGUGUGAGAGGCACUGCUCAGCAACCACGUCUCUUCGUCGGCAUGAUCUUGAUUCUGAUCUUCGCCGAAGUAUUGGGUCUUUACGGCCUGAUCGUCGCCAUUUACCUGUACACAAAGUAAACGGUCAGUAGCGGCAACCUACUCCCUGCCACGGCUCCAUGCAAGACAUGUCGCCUGCAACCAACAGCGCUCCCCGACUACUAUUAUGCUGCAAAACUUGUUUCGACAUAUUUUACUUAAUCACGUUACUCCAUGCAUAAUCUAAUUACCAUCUCGGCUCAUCUCUGUGCGUCCCCCUGUAAUAUCGUACUCAAGAAAAAAAAAGAAAGAUUGAUCUAUUUAGCGUACGGACAUUUAACCACGCCACACAUUACUUGUCACACGGAUUGCAUGAUUGUAUUAAAGGUGCUGCGAUCGAGAGGUGCCGGUUUCUUUUCUUGAUUUCGCGACACUGACGCGCGACGGCGCAUUUCGACGCUGCGGUGUUGUAUGAAAAAAAAAACGAAUGUAUAGCGGAAAAAAAUUACGAACGAAAAGAAGCGCGGAAAACAAAGGUCGACAGGGAAAUACAUAUACAUAUUUAGAGAAAAGAUCUCCUGUGUUAAUCCCAUUGUCGAACAUUUCUCUUUCACUGUAUAGUAAUCAUUUAUAGCUUAGUACGACAUUGAAUUACCAGUUAAAGUAAUCGGCUCUACUGAGUGUAUAAAGGAAAAUAUGUUACUGAUAAAAGAAUAUUUAGCACAAUUAUAUAUAUACAAAUAUAUAUAUAAAUAUAUUAUAAAUGCAAACCGCGACGAAGAAUGAUACGGUGGAUGAGACUGUAGUAAAAAGAAAAAAA